CAACCUAUGACUCACAUGCGGGGGCGGAGACUCCAUAUCGGAUUCACCACGGAGGACUGUCCCGUACUCACUCCUCGGACGACCGUACUAUUCGCACAGAAAACUACCUUCAAUCCGAAACCAGCUUAAAUAUCGUUUCCUUUUGCCUACGCCUUGCUUACAAUGUGAAGGAAAAAUGGCCGGAACAAGUGCUGAUUGGGUGGAGAUCCUGGAGCCACGCUCCCGUGAGCGCAUGUAUGUGAACUUGACCAGUGGGGAGUGCGGCUGGGAAGCCCCCUCAGGUGUUCCUGUCCGGCAGGCGGACGGUAACCAGUGGUGGGAGCUGUUCGACCACCACAGUGGCCGCUUCUACUACUAUAACUCCACCGGGGGGCGCACGGUCUGGCAUCGACCCCAGGGCGCUGAUAUAGUGCCGCUCUCCCAGCUUCAGGCCAUGAGGCGAUGCAGUGAGGCCAAGCGGGCCGGAGGCAGCGUGGACAGGAACCACCACGGGACCACGGGGAGUAUCAGCAGCGUAGGGAGCCAGGGCCGCUUCACACCUCUACCCGAGCAGGACGGAGACAGCCCUGUCCCCGGAGCUCCGGACACCAAAGAUGAGAGAGACACCCCCGAGCUAGACCCGGCAGAGGAAACGAGACAUCAGGGAGACGGAAGCAGCAGUGAGAACAGCACAGACGGCAGCAAAGACCCCCAGAGUGAUGCAUCUCAAAGAUGGCAGCCCGCCCCGGGUUCUAAGGCAGCCAUGUUGGUGAAGGUGAACAGCAUGAGCCGAAGCCAGCCAAUCCCAGCCUUGCAGCAGCAGCAGCAGCUCCAGCACAGUUCACAAAGCAAGACCUUCACCCUGCACCCCUCUGGCAACAAGGCCCAGGCAGGACACAUAAGCUCCCCCCAGGGAUAUAAAACCACCCCUUCUGGCAAAAUGUCAGCUGACACUCGGCAGGCCCACCACCUGAGGAAGGCCAGCAAUGGCAGCUUCUGUGUGGUGACGUCAGACAGUACCCAUCCAAGUCCGCUCCUCCACAGGUCUCAGACCAGCACUCCCUGUCCCGCCUCGCCCCAGUAUGGUUGCACUACUCCGAUCUACGACGAGCCAGUGACAGAAUGUCCCAUAUAUGAUGAACCUCCCACAGACAUGGAGGUAGAGGGGGCCCACCUUUACAACGGGCAACAUCUGUCUCGCCUGACGCCCACCCACAGCCUCCAGAAACCAAGACUCCUCCAGCACCCGGGUCCAUCCCAUCCCGGGUCCCGACACAGGAGGAACCCCUCCGCCUCUGACUACAGCCCAGCUGGUCUGGAGUGCAUCAAGCACAUGAUCAACGUGGACCCCAAGCAGGGGCUCCUACCUGGCUCUCCUGUCCCCUCCCACCGCACCCCUUCCCCUCCCUCCAGGCAGGAUCCUGUCUUGACCCCUCCUCCGCCUCACGCCCAACUCCAGGCCCACUCUUUGCCUCAGGCUCGAGGUCAGCUGAGGGACAGAGAACCAGGCACCCCGGGCCCCAGUACACUGGAUAAGAAGCAAAGCUGGCGGGUCCUGGAGGCCACGGUGCAGCGCGCCAUGGAGGCCCGACACAGCCGGCAGAGCAGCCAGGCCUCGCAGGACUUCCCCACCUCCACCCCCCAGACCACUGCGAACUAUCAGGACUCUGGUUACUCCACCGGCCCCUCCCCGAGUUUGAGGCGUAAGAGCCGGAGGAGGAUGGGAGCCGGCGGCGGGGCGGGAGGCAGGCCGGGGUCCGUAGGCAGCAGCGGGGAGCUGUGCGCCCUCAACGAGAAGCUCAUGGCCGAGAUGAGGGAGGUGGUGAGUCGCUCCAACACCAUGAGGGAGGUGCGGGCGGGGCUGGACCCGGAGAUCGGGGAGAGGGCUGUUGUGCCUCGGACGCGCUCCCCCGCCGACUCUCUCAGGUGGUACGGGGGAGUCGGAGGGGGGUCUUCGAGCAGAUGCGACUCCCGAGAAGAGCUCAGCGGGGCCGCCCGGUCGCUGAACAGGGCGGGUAACCAUGGCAACCCUGCGCUGACACCUCUGGAGAUCCCAGGGAGGCAGAAGAGGACGUAUGAGAAGGUGGACACUUUGGAGCUGAGCAUCAACAGCCAGGCCAGCCUGUCCUCACCGGAGACCCCUGGACCCCCAUCACAGACGAGCACCUUGGAGCUGCAGGCCCAGCUGGAGAGCAGGAAGAAAGGCAUGGCGGACGGACGCACCGCCUCCCUGGGCCCUCAUCGCCCCGCCAACCACAACCUCAGAGAAGGAAGUGACGGCGCAGGAGGACGAUCUCAAGGAUCCUCCUACCAGCUGUCCUACGCCACCCUGCGUCAGCCCCCCCCUCCUGAUACGGGCAUGGAAGACUGGGCUAGCAAGCACCUCAACAUGCACACGCAGGGCCUGUUCAGACGCCGUGUCUCCAUCGCUAACAUGCUAUCGUGGAACCGUGGAUCCAUCAAGAAGCCCAUGUUGGUCACCAGCAACCGCGCCGUGAGAAAGGAGGCCUGCGAGAUGUUCAAACUGCUGCAGGCCUACAUGGGAGACCGGCCUUCGCGUCUGGACCGCCGCCACUGCGCCCUCCUCAUCAUCACCAAGUGCUGGGACAUGCCCGGGCUGCGGGACGAGCUCUACGUGCAGCUGGUGAGGCAGACCACAGGAAACGCCACCCCCAGGAGCUUGGCGGCAGGGUGGGAGCUGAUGGCUGUCAGCUUGGCGUUCUUCGCCCCAUCGCCCAAGUUCCGCUGCUACCUGGAGGGCUACAUCCAGAGACACACGGAGCCAACCAGCGACAAGAAAUGUGAGUCUCAGACUGAGGAAGACGUGACUCAGUUCAUACUGGACCAGCAGGAGCUGAAGCUGAAGAAGAAUUCAAAGUCCAGAAAGAAGCGGAAACAGAACACGGAUGACGAAGAAGGUCUGCCUAUCAGCACAUAUGCCAAGUUCUGCUAUCGGAAACUGCAGAAGGUGGCGAUCACAGGGGGCAAAAAGGGUCUACGUAAGCCCACCUUGGAGGAGAUCGACCAUAGUAGGCGGGCCAUUGUCACUCCCUCCCUGUUCGGUAGCUCUCUGGAGGAGGUGAUGGAGCGGCAGAGCGAGCUGUUCCCCGACAGGAAGCUGCCCUGGGUGCAGGUGCAGCUCUCCCAAUAUGUCCUGGCCCUGGGCGGGGCUCAGACGGAGGGAAUCUUCAGAGUGCCUGGAGACAUUGAUGAAGUGAACGCGUUGAAGCUCCAGGUAGACCAGUGGAGGAUCCCGGAGAACCUCUCUGACCCCAACGUUCCUGCCUCUCUGAUGAAGCUGUGGUAUCGGGAGCUGGAGGAGCCUCUCAUCCCGAUGAACUUCUACAAGCAGUGCGUGAAUAACUGUGACGACCCUGUGGCGGCCAUCGCUGUGGUUCAGUCUCUGCCUGAGCUCAACAGGCUGGUGCUCUGCUACUUCAUCCACUUCCUGCAGGUUUUUGCUCAGCCAUCAAACGUGGCGAUAACAAAAAUGGAUGUGAACAACCUGGCCAUGGUGAUGGCCCCCAACUGCCUGCGUUGCCAGUCCGACGACCCGCGGAUCAUCUUCGAGAACACGCGCAAGGAGAUGUCCUUCCUGAGGAUGCUCAUCGUGCAUCUGGAAACCAGCUUCAUCGAAGGAGUGGUGUAACCGCGGGACUCGCCUCAGGUGCUGAAUCAGCAUCUCCAGUUACACCUUCCAUCAUGCAUAAACACUGUUUUCUGUUCAGACCACACUGGAAACUCUCGGGGGGGGGGGUGGGGGGGGACUACACCUCUGUUACACAAAAACAAAUUCAAAACAACUCAAACUUUUGGACCCUGGUUCUCACACACAUCACCUUAGGGCUCGCUGUUUUAUUUUCAUACUAAAAUGUUUAACAGGGCUGCAUGUGAAAACAGGUUUAACUUCCUCUGGGUAGUGAGGCUCUUGCAGUAUUCACUUGCACAGCGAAUCUAAAGACAUUGUGGACUCAUUCAAGUGUGUUAGUGUGUGUGUGUUUGUGUGUGUGUGUGUGUGUGUGUGUGUGUGUUAUGGUCAGAGUGUGAACGAAAGACACAGCCUUCUUUCAUCCUGUACAGAAAAUGUUUAAAUAUAAAAAAAAGUAAAAGAACUCUUACAAUGGUGUCUGAUUAAUAAGCUUUGUUUUGAGUAGUUGAACUGAAAGCUCCUCGUUUCACAAGAAUAAGAAACGUUUCUGACCGAGUGCAGAAACUUCAUUUCAAAGCACAAACUGGAAAGAUGUGCAGAAAGCUCUUUCUAAUACUUGGUGGAGAUUUCUAAGGAAAAAUAAAUGUGCAUUGAUUUGAAAGUGGAUUCAGACACCAGUGUUGUGAUUACAGUUUAUCAUAGUGAUGUGAGAGGUUGGUAAUUCAACCAAUAAUACUCCUUUUCUAAGUCUUUCAAUUGGAAGUGUGUUCUCUUUUGUUUGUGGUCUGUUGGUGUUUUGGCUCAGGUCUUAUGAUAAAAACGGGUGUUGACCUCACAGACUGCACAUUUAAUCUAUCACAAACCCCGUGCUGAGAAUGGCGUCUUGUUCUAUGAGAAUGUAGAUUGAGCUUUUCGUGUCCCCUCUCAGGCUUUGCGAUGUAAAUAAAUAAUGCGUGUAAAUAGUAUUAACUCUCCCUAAUUGUAAUCUAAUGAUCCAGGUUAAGGGUGAUGUAAAAUAUUGCAGUUAAAAAGCAAUAAAAAGUGUUCUUUUUGUAAUUAACUGUGCAUUUUUCUGCUGUAACCGCCUGCCUUUUGAACAUAGGACUGAUUCAAACCACUUUCCAUGUGUGUGCGUGUGUGUAUAUGUGUGUUUGCAUAUGUUAUAAUAUGGAAUGGCUGUCCAUAAAUAAAGGUUUGUUAAAAUUGUA